GGUUUCGAGGAAACUCUGUCGGCUUCAAAAGAAUUUCAUUUGCAAAGUGUCAUUAGUCUUUCAAGACGAUCGCACCAAUGCGUGAAUACGUCAGAUGGCGAUUUUUAAAUGUAAAUUGUUCUUUACACAUUCGUCGAAGAAUUUGGAAUAAACCGCGGUGGAAAUUAAGUUGCUCGAUAACACAAGCAAUGAACGAGAAGACAUGAACAGCUCGCAGAAUGGACUUCUUCGAUGGAUUUCAACAAACAAGUCUUACAUCGGGUACAACCAUCCAGUUGGUGUUUUAGUGUUGUCUGUACUUGGACUGGUUGUCUGGAUUCUUGGUUAUAGGCUCAUAAAGCCCAUUGUUAUUGUGGCUGCAUUUGCGUUUGCUGGUGUUGGAUUUUACUCCAUAAGUCCUGAUGUGUUUAGUACAGAAUUUUGUUGUGAUGGAAGCCAUAACAGAGAAGUUCGCAUCUCCAUCAGCAUUAUCUGUGGGCUUCUAGCUGGAGCACUAGCCUGUUAUGUUUACAAGAUUGGUGUAUUCUGUAUGGGUUGCAUUGUUGGAUGGGCAAUUUCUAUAGCAGUGGUCACUUUCUGGUUUUCCAAACACUUGACAAGUGACUUGGCUUUCUAUGGUGUUUAUGGUGCUGCUGGUCUGGUAGUCGGAAUCCUUGCUGUCUGGCUUGAGAAACUGUUUGUCAUUUGUGCAACAUCUCUCAUGGGAUCUCUCAUGUUUCUUCUUGGUUUGGAUCAUUAUUGUAGAACAGCAUUCACUGUUGUAAUUGAACAAAUCCUGUUCAAGACAAAGGAUGCCUUCAGCCAAGCAGCAAACCAUCCUGCUCAUGUGACACUGGAAUUCCAUGAAGCCCACAAGGAAUUCACCCAGAAAGCUUUAGCGAUGUUUCUUGGCUGGCUGUUGAUGUCAGCGGUUGGCGCUAUUUUGCAGUUCAUGUACACUGCACAAGAAAUCGAUACAGAAUUGUUCAUGAAAAGCUGUAGCUGUGGCUGUAAUACUGAUAGUGCCGUGCCUGAUGAUAAAGGUGUCCGCUACGUGGUCCUUCCUCCACCCAAAUUGAGAGCAUUUCUCCUCCAUCAAAAUGACACUAGACCUUUGAUGAAAGACUCGUGGGAUGACAUUACUCAUGUUGAGUUGAAUAACAGAGGAUCGGGAGCAAGUCGACAAUGGUUGCGUUAGAUACACUGUGUUAAGGGACCCUGAAACUAGUCUAGGUGUCACGCUACUAGCGGGAAGAAACAUUGCGUUAGACAACAUUGCGUGACUUAUAACUUUGUUUUCAUGCUGUGGUAUAUAAGAAUUAUUGAACAAUCUUGAGGCCAAGAUAGCUGGAUAUUGGCCGAGUUUUUUCGCUUUUUUAUUAUGUCGCCUGACCGAACGAGCUUGGCAAAUAAAGGAUUUAUU